AAACUAAAAUAGAUAAAAUCGGCACGGUUAGUAUGGAAAUUAAAAAAAUAAACCAUAUUGUAAAAUUAUUAGAAACUUUAAAAAAUAAAAACGAAACCCUUAAAAACGAAAACAAAAAUCUACAAAACAUUGACGAAAAAUGUAAAAGAUUGACCGAAGAAAAUGAAAAACUCGUAAAAGAAAACAAAGAAUUAACGGAAAAAAAUGAUGAACUUGUUUUUUUUACAUAUAAAAAUAAUUUGUUCAAAUAUAAACAACUAAACAAAGGAAUUACAGAGACAUUGGAAAAUCUGGAUAAAAAAAUAGAUAACAAUAAAUUAAAACAAGAAAACAAACAAAUAGAAACCGAAAACAAUCAAAUUUUAAAAGACAGUCAAUAUAAAAACCUAUUAAAAACGAAUCAAGAAUUACAAAAAGAAAACGAAGUUGCUAAAUAUCAAAAUGAAAGAUUAACUAUAAAAAAGGAACAAAUAGUAAAAGAAAUUGAUUUAGAAAGAAAUCAGUAUGAAGAAAAACAAAAAAUAUUUGAUAUCUUGGAUGAAAAAAUAGAUAUCGUUUUAGCUAAUUUUAACUUUGAAAUAUUGUUUCCACUAAACAAUACUUUAGAAAAAAUGGAAAAAAUUUAUAAAGAUAAAAAUAAAGAUUAUGAACAAAACAAAGAAAUUAAUCAAAAAUUAAAGAAUCUAGAAUAUGAUUACAAAUCCUUGGAAAGAACUUUAAAUAAUAAAUUAGAACAAAUUGAAAAAGAAAAAAUAAUUAACAUCGAAGUAUUAAAAAGAGUAGAAAUUUUAAAUCAAAAAGCUGAUAUCAAAACAGAAGAAAUUAAAAACUUGUCAAAAGAAAAAGAUGAUUAUGAAAAAAAAGACUUUGAUAAUCAACAAAUUAUCAAUGAAAAUAAACAGUUGAAAGAACAAGAUUUCGAAAAUAAAAUACAACAAAAAGUAGAAGAAAUAAGUGCAUCUAAUAGAAUACUUAAUGGUUUUAUCAAACAUAACAAUCUUGAAAAAAUUAAAGAACUUAUAGAUAAUUCGUUAAAGAAUUUUAAAAUAGUAUAUAACGAAACAGAUUCGUUGGAACAUAAAAUGGAUCUUAUCAUCGAAUUUAGCAACAAAAACAUUCAAUCAUAA